AUGUCGUCGUCCUUCUUCACCGCGCCGGCCUCACAGCGGAAACGCAAGCGCAGCGAAGCCACCGCCGGCGCCCCCAAACGACGCACCACAGACGCGCAUGCUCGCCGCAUGCAGCGCGAGGAGUCCAUCAGCGGCAGCGACACAUCCGAGGGCGACGGCGCACCCACGUUCGACGGCGGCGACGAUGCAGACAGCGGCGCUAGCUCUUCGGAAGACGAGCACGAGACGGCGGCGGACAAGCGCCUCAGGCUGGCCGAGCGCUAUCUCGACAACAUCCGCAACGAGGUCGAGGAGGACGUGGGCUUCGACGCCGAGCAGAUCGACAAGGACCUGAUCGCCGAGCGACUCAAGGAAGAUGUUGCGGAGGGCAAGGGCAGGAUAUACCGAUCCAUCGCUGCUGAGCUUGGGUUUGAAUAUGCAUCACACGCCACGGCCUACUCAGGGCUGCAAAAAGCCACCACCGGAUGCGCUGUCAAGCUGCCGCAUGCCUGGACCAUCAGCAAGGAUCUCGUCGUCGAGAAGUGGGCAAUUGCAGACCCGAAAUCGUAUGCGCCCGACCCCAACCGACCGUCCAACCUGACGCCGCGCACCACUCCCAAGAGGCUUCUGUGGCGCAAGGGAAACAAGAACAAAAAGGGCGACCGCGCCUUUCUGGGUCACACGGGCGAGAUUGUGUCUAUAGCCAUCUCCGACUCGGGAAAGUACCUGGCCACGGGCGAUGUGCAUGCGCGUCUGGUCAUCUGGGACGCCGACACCCUCACGCCCCGACACCUCUUUACUCGCCAUCGAGAUGCCGUUCUCUCACUGUCCUUCCGGAGGGGCACCGAGCAGCUCUUCUCCGGCGGCGCAGACCGAGCAGUCAUUGUCUGGAGUGCGCCUGAAUCUGCGUACAUUGAGACACUGGUCGGACACCAGGACGCCGUCAUUGGUGUCGCAGGCGGGUUGGAGAUGAACCAAGAGACAUGCGUCAGUGUAGGCGCCCGCGAUCGCACUGCGCGCCUGUGGAGGGUCGUCGAGGAAAACCAGCUCGUCUUCCACGGAGGCGGUACGGCCAGGCAAAAGGGCUUGGACAAGCUGCGCAAAGGCCGAUUUGGCAAGAAUGUUGACGGAGACGACAAACAGGAUCAAGACGUCGGCGCCAACCUCGACGAUGCGCCCAUGGCAUAUGCCGAAGGCUCCAUCGAUUGCGUCGGCCUUCUCGACGCCGGCUUGUUUGUCACAGCAUCGGACAAUGGAGCCUUGUCGUUGUGGUCUGUCAACCGGAAGAAGCCCCUUUUUACAUAUCCACUUACCCAUGGCCGCGAUCCACCGCUCUCGCCCGAGCAAAUGUCAGCCAACGACGACGCCGCAACAUCGACGAAGCCCGGUCCGCGGCUACCGCGCUACGUGACUGCGCUUGCUACCGUUCCCUUUGCCGACUUGAUCCUCACAGCGAGCUGGGACGGCUGGAUACGCGCCUGGAGGAUUACAGCCGACAAGAAGAGCAUUGAGCCCGCGGGCAAGAUAGGACGUGUGCCGAUUGCGGAAGACGAGUCCAUGGUCAAUGGCAGCUCUAGGGACGAUGCUAUUCUCAUACGAGGCAUUGUGAAUGGUCUUGCAGUUCAGGAGAGAGGAGACAGAGGCAAGGAUGGGCUGUGCGUGGUGGCUGCCGUGGGCAAGGAGCCCAGGUUAGCCAGAUGGAUGUCUGCAAAGGCCAAGAACGGCAUUCACGUUUUCGAGGUACCGAGAAGAAGCCUGGCAAACGGCACAACUGAGGGCGAGGAGGAGGGUUAG